AUGGCCUCUCCCACUCAGUCUGAAGCGGAGGACCUGGAGUGUAGACUCUAUGCAUAUGCUAAGAGUCGCUUCAAGCUAUCGGCCAGGGUGCAUAUGUCCCAUCUUGUCUUUGAAACGGGAUUUAAGCGACGUAUGGAUCAGCGUCGGAAUGUUCGCCGUCUCGAACGAAUCUUGAAAAUACAAGGUUGCCAUCGUUUGAUGAAGGAUAAUCAUGUGUCCAUUAUAGUGCCCCAGGCAGACUGGCAACAUCGGGUGCAUCUGCGGUCGGACAACGGGACUCUUCCUAGCCUAAAUGUGGAUUGGGAUUACGGAUUACGAGCGCUAGAUCACGAGAAUCUAAUUGUUGCUGCUAGAAAUACACUCGCAUUCAAUAACCAGUGGUGGAUAGUGGAUGUCUAUGUGACUGAUGAAGAAUCGGAUAACCUCAAUACAACUGCCCACGAGCUCCAGGCAAGGCUCCUCCAAUCAUUACGAGAACAAUUCUCAAACGAGCAUCGGCCAUCAGAUGGGCUGAUAUAUAAGCGCAUCAAUUACUACGAGGGCCGUCUUGACGGGCCCGAGAAUCAACGGGCAGCGGAAAGCUGGUGGGCGGCCCUAGAGUCAGUCGCGGGAAGCAAGAAAGGACAGUAUCUGAGAUUAUUCUUCAAGAACCAGUUCCUGACCCGUCAGUUAAACUCGCUACUUACCAUUCCAGGGCUUUGGGAUGGAAUGCAGAUUGGAAACCUGCACAAAGUUACCGCUAUGCACUGUGACGAGGCAAUCUCGUACUAUUGGAGAAGUAUUUUGACCACAUUCCUAGGGAUUGUUGGAGGCCAUAUCCAGAGCUUACAAUUAAUUAACGGUGUUACUGUCAACCUCAUCGAAUCCCAAGUCCCUAAAGUCUCCAAAAAGGACAAAGAAUUCUUGCAGAAGAAGUUUGACGAAGGCGUGCUUUUCCCCAGUUUUUCGGAAAAUAAUCGACGGGAGAUCUGGAACCGAUUGAAAGAGAUUGACUCUCCAGUUCCAUCGUUAAAGACAUUUUUCAGAGACCAUCUAUAUCUGGAAGUACCACAGAGUGUCAUGAAGCAGCUAUUUCUCCAACCAAAUAGUACUGAUGAUAAACUGACAAUCGACAAUGGUGUUCAUGGAUUAUGGGAAAUUGGAUCAGCGCUCAACCCAGCAGCCCGAAAGGCCAGGUUUCGAAGUUACAUUCUGGAGCUCUGGCGCUUCAGCUUCCAGUACGGAUUCGAAAUGACCGAUUGGAGGCGGCUCAAAUCAUCAAGUAGUUUGGCAUUCGGAACAGCGUCUAGCCAGCAGCACUUGAAUCUGCCCAACCGUACAGAUAUCUGGAACCAUUUUCACAUGAAAAUGAUGACCAUGGGUCUCCGAACACCCAACACUGUCGACCUUCCUGCCUCGCCAGCCGUAUUACCAACCGAGAUGCCUUGCGACUACCCCGAAGAUGCAUCAGAAGAAGUGGAUGUCAAGAAAAGGUGUGGUAAACCCUCGGUGGAUACUGUGGAAGCCGACCGAUACGCUCUAUCAGUGAUGUCGCUGAAGGAAAGAAGGAUAGAAACUCGUGUCACAUCGAGAUUUCUCCGUAUAUCGGUUUUCAAGAAGUUCUUUGGUUAUUUAAUGGACCAUGAUGCGAUGAGUGGCCAGCUGCUGUGGCCCGAGCUUCUGGAAGACAGCACUCCGCAUAUUCGCGAGAAUAACGAUGAGGACACGCCGACUCUCUAUACACCGGGAUUGGAUAGUUCGAACUGGACCAAUGCCAGUUCUGGAGUCCAUGAGUCGGAAUUUCAUGUGUAUCAUAGCGUACCCUACAUGGAUUUUCCGGAUGAUUCUGGAAGCAGCUUCGAGUCCGCUCCGUUUCCGAGCAGCUACGGGUCCACUUCAUUUCCUCCUUCAAUUUCGAUGAGCACGGCUCCAUUCCCAUAUCCCGAUCCCUCCAUUUGA